CUCUCUCUCACACACACACUUACACACACUUACACACACACACUCCACCACCUCUCACUACACACACAUCUGUGGAUUACUCUUGCUCUCUCAGUGUGUAUGUGUGUGUGUGUGUGUGUGUGUGUAAGGGGGAUUUCAACACCUGUAGAGGGUCAGCAUCAGAAGAUGAGGAUGCAUGGAAGUUGAAGAGUGUGAGUGUGUGUGUUUGAGUGUGUGUGAGGGCUGGAGAAGGUUCUCCAUUCAGCAUUGAUUCCACAGGCGGGGAAUUUUGAUGAUCAUCGCAGCCUAACGUGUAGUAAAGGCGAUUAGAGCUGAGGUAGACAUGAAGGCACGAUUUUGGUGCAGGAUCUCACUGAUCCUGACCAUUCUGGCCUUGACCUUGUACAGUGAAGGGGUCAAGGGUCAGAGGGCUGGUUGUAAGAAUGUCCACUAUGACCUGGUGUUCAUCCUCGACACCUCGUCCAGUGUUGGAAAGGACAACUUUGAGAAGAUCCGACAGUGGGUUGCCAACCUGGUGGAGUCGUUUGACAUUGGUGAGGAUAAGACUCGUGUGGCAGUGGUGCGAUACAGUGACCGUCCCACCACCGAGUUCAACUUGGGCCGGUACAAAACCCUCGACGAGGUCAAAAGGGCAGCCAGGAACAUCCGCUACCUGGGUGGCAACACCAAAACUGGAGACGCUAUCAGCUACACCACCACCAACAUCUUCAACAUCCAGGCAGGAGCCAGACCCGCUGCCAGGGGCAUCCAGAAAGUGGCCAUUUUACUAACAGACGGUCGGAGUCAGGAUUACGUUCUGGAGCCGUCCACUGCAGCGGCCAGGGCUGGGAUCAGGAUGUUUGCUGUGGGGAUUGGCGAGGCGCUGAAAGAGGAGUUGGAGGAGAUUGCGGCCGAGCCAAAAAACGCUCACGUCUUCCACGUGACAGAUUUCGAUGCCAUUGACAGAAUCCGAGGCAGGCUGAGGAGGAGACUCUGUGAGAAUGUGCUGUGCCCAAACAUGAAGGUACAAGGGGAACGCUUCAAGCCCAACAGCACGAGCGCCGGACUACAGGAAGUUCCAGGCUUCGACCUGAUGGAGUACUUUAAUGUGAGAGAUGUUCUGGGAGAGAAGUCUGAACCUGGACAGAGCUCCUAUGUGAGACUGGGGACUAUGCCUAUCGUGCAGCAGACUGAAAACGUGUUUCCCCAAGGCCUUCCAGAUGAAUACGCCUUCGUCACCACGUUCAAAUUCAGAAAGACAUCUAGGAGGGAGGACUGGUACCUGUGGCAGGUCUAUGACAAGUACGGCAUCCCUCAGGUUUCUAUCCGUCUGGAUGGAGAGAAUAAAGCAGUGGAGUACAACGCCGUGGGUCUGACCAAAGACGCAGUCCGAGCCGUGUUCCGCAGCCCAGAUGUGGAAAACCUGUUCGACAGAAACUGGCACAAGAUUGGCCUGAGCGUCCACGCCAAAUCCGUCUCGCUCUAUCUGGACUGCAAACACAUCCAGACCCUACCGAUCGAGGAACGAGAGGACAUCGAUAUCCAGGGCAAAACCGUCAUCGGCAAGAGACUCUACGACAGCGUCCCCAUCGACUUCGACCUUCAGAGGAUGGUAAUCUACUGCGACUCCAAGCAGGCAGAGCAGGAGACGUGCUGUGACCUGCCUGGAGGCCCUUGCCAUAAGCAGGUGGUCACUGAACCCACCCCUAUUUUAAUCCCGACCCCGACUCCUACGAGUGGAGAGCAGAAGAGUGGAGAACACACCGUCAACUGUUCCUGCGCCGCAGGGGAGAGGGGUGAGACAGGUCUGCCUGGUGCUCAAGGCCCUAAGGGUGAAAAGGGAGAUCCGGGCCUUCAGGGUACGGCAGGACCGCAAGGACCCAAAGGGCAGAAAGGAGAACCUGGCAAGGCGCUCUCUAUCAAAGGAGAUAGAGGCGAGAAGGGAGACAGCGGAGAUCCAGGUGAGACUGGGGUCAGAGGUGACAAGGGUGAGAGGGGAUUGGAAGGCCUCCCGGGACUCGCUGGCAAACAGGGAGACAAAGGAGAGCAGGGUGUGAAGGGAUCUGCUGGAGCUCCUGGGUUACCUGGACCACUCGGACCACAGGGUGUCCAAGGUGACAGGGGACACUCUGGAGCGCCUGGUCCCAAAGGUGUUUCUGGCGAUCCAGGUAAAAAGGGAGAAAAGGGAACAGCAGGAGAGAGGGGUCUCCCAGGGUUAGAUGGUUUUCCUGGCAAACCUGGAGCUCCAGGAAAAGACGGUCUGACGGGUCUGAUUGGUGCACCUGGACCACACGGGUUUAAAGGAGAAAAGGGUGAGAGAGGUCCUGCUGGAAUACCUGGAGAUGUGGUGCAAAUGGCAGGACUGAAGGGAGAAAAUGGCCUUCCAGGACCAUCCGGGCCUCCUGGAGCAGACGGACCUCCUGGACCUCCUGGUCCACCUGGUCCACCUGGAGAGCCGGGAAUCCCGGGAGAAAUCGGACAAAGGGGAAAGAAAGGAGAAGGAGGACUUCCUGGAGUUGAUGGUCUUCCUGGACCACCGGGUCCUGCAGGCCCCCCUGGACCUCCUGGGAGUCCGGGUCAGACUGGACUUCCUGGAUUACCGGGAGAAAUCGGAUUCCCUGGAAAACACGGAGAGGCUGGGAAACCUGGUCUGCCAGGGAAGGACGGCAUCGAUGGUCAACCUGGAAAUGACGGAGAGAAAGGACCAAGAGGUGAACCGGGGCUGGAUGGCUUCCCUGGAAAACCUGGUCCAAAGGGUGAUGAAGGAUCUCCAGGACCCAGAGGACCUCCAGGAGACAGGGGUGAGAGGGGUCUCCUUGGUGAAGCUGGUGUAAUGGGACCGAGAGGAGAAAGAGGAGUGCAGGGUGAAAGAGGAAAAGACGGUGAUGUCGGCCCAAAAGGAGAGAAAGGAGACAAGGGUGAAGUUGGACCCAGAGGACUUCCAGGAGCCCCAGGAGAUGUUGCCAGUGUGAUUCCUGAGCCUGGAGAACCAGGGAAACCUGGAGAGAAAGGAGAGAAAGGAGAGCAGGGAAAACAAGGAGAGGUGGGUCCGAGAGGACUUCCUGGAGAACAAGGCUUCAGAGGACAACCUGGACCUGCGGGAGCUAAAGGAGACGCUGGGUCCAAAGGAGAUCCAGGCACUAACGGAGAACCGGGUCCUCCCGGGCUGCCCGGCCCUCAGGGGCAACGAGGACUACCCGGCAACGUGGGAAUCCCGGGCAGUAUCGGACCACCGGGGAUAGCAGGACAGAAGGGAGAAAAGGGAGACCCUGGUAAAGAGGGUCAUGCAGGCCCCCCUGGUCUGCCCGGAGAGCCUGGUCUAAGAGGUGAAGCAGGACCACCAGGGAAAGGCAAAGAUGGAGCGAAGGGGGAUGCAGGACCAACAGGAAUGCCUGGAGCUCCAGGACUGAAGGGCCCACCAGGAAAUCCAGGAAUGCAGGGGAUGCCAGGAGCCAGAGGUCCUCCAGGAGAGGGAACCACCGGACCAGCAGGACCACCAGGCCCCCCUGGACCAUUAGGAGCAGUGGGGCCGAGAGGAGCACCGGGUAUACCGGGACCUCAAGGACCUUCUGGACACAACGGUUUACCAGGAAGACCUGGAGAGAAAGGAGCUCAGGGAGAACCGGGUAAAGCUGCAGACCUGUCUGAGUUAGACCUGAAGGGUGUUUGUUCUGACUGUCCACCUGGACCUGCUGGACCACCAGGAAUGCCAGGAAUUCCAGGAGAACAAGGCCUUGCUGGACCGGCAGGGAAAAACGGACAGGAUGGGUAUCAGGGUCCUCCUGGACCUGUCGGACCCCCAGGACCACCUGGAGCUGAGGGAAGCAAGGGUGUGAAAGGUGACCGAGGCUCCCCAGGAGAUGCUGGAGAUAAAGGUGAAAAGGGACCCCCAGGGCCUCCUGGUUAUCCAGGUGCAGCUGGAACAAUAGGUCAACCUGGAAAUGAUGGCAACCCGGGACCCCCUGGUCCUCCUGGACCUCCUGGAGAAAAGGGUAAAGAGGGAUUGAAAGGAAUCCAGGGUCCUCCAGGUCUGCCAGGCUUAAUGGGAGUCAUGGGUAAGCCUGGGAAAGAUGGACGACCAGGAGAAGUGGGCGAGCCGGGUAAACAGGGAGAACCUGGACCACCAGGAAGAGAUGGACUCAGAGGUCUUCCUGGUUUUAAAGGUCACAGAGGAGAGCCUGGGGAACCAGGGUCAAAGGGUGAAGAAGGGAAACAGGGUCCACCAGGACGGGACGGUCCACCUGGAAAAGACGGCAUCAUGGGACCUCCUGGGCCUGAAGGUCACAGAGGACCAAGUGGACAACCAGGUAAACCUGGAGAACCUGGACCACCGGGGAAAUCAGGACCAUCCGGAACUCCAGGUCUUCCAGGAGGGAAGGGGGAGACGGGAAACCCAGGAAUGCCCGGAUUCACAGGUCCAAAAGGACCGUCGGGUCCACCUGGUCCCAUCGGCCCCGAGGGCAAACAAGGCAUACCAGGCAAACAGGGAGAAAGAGGCUUCAAGGGAGAGAAGGGUGACAAUGGCAUAAAAGGUGACAAAGGCCCCACGGGAGAGCCAGGAAUGCCUGGAACCCCAGGAGUUCCAGGCAGAAAGGGUCACACAGGCAUGAUGGGGAUGUCUGGACCUCCCGGAGAGAUGGGACCCUCUGGACCCCCAGGAUCUCCUGGCCAGCCUGGUCUUCCAGGACAAAGGGGAGAAACUCCAUCUCUGGAAUCGAUACGCAGGUUAAUUCAAGAGGAACUUGCCAAAGAACUACAAGCCAAAAUGGCCUACCUCAUGGCUCAGAUUCAGCCCACACACAUAAAGAGCUCAGUCGGGCGUCCUGGUCCACCUGGACCUCCAGGAAAAGAGGGACAACCUGGACGACCAGGUCCACCUGGAGAGCCUGGUAUGCCUGGCCAAAACGGAGCAGAGGGACCCCGAGGUCCAGCAGGUCCUAAAGGUGAAAGAGGUGCUAGAGGGGAGAAGGGAGAAAAUGGUGUUGGACAGAGAGGAGAACCUGGUCCAACUGGUCCCAUUGGUCCAGCCGGAAUUCCUGGAGACGGUAAAGACGGUCUUCCAGGAGCAACUGGAGCUCAGGGCGAGCCUGGACAUCCAGGUCCUCAUGGACAACCUGGCCCACCGGGACCUCCGGGGCAAUGUGACCCCUCUCAGUGUGCCUACUACGCCAGCCUGGCAUCACGACCUCACACUAAAAACGUCAAGGGAACCUAAACUUCUCGCCGCAUGCCUGGGCCUAUUUAUGAACUUAUGAGAACCUAAAGCUUUUCCUGACAAGAUCCGGGGAGCUUUGGUUGGGGGGAAGCUGAGACAUUUCUACGUUUUAGGGAGUGUGUUUUAUGGGUGUGUGUCCUGCCGGUCAGAUAUUAUGGGUAAUUUGUUCGCUUGGCGGGAAUGGGGAGGGUUUGUACUGUAAGCUAAUGGAGGUGAGUAAUUUAAAAUGUAGCUGAUUCUUUUUUCCAUCAGGGAAUUUCAGUCAGUUCAGACUAAGAUGUAUUGUCCUGUGUUUUUUUUAAUGCAACCUGUAAAAUCUGCUCUAUUUCUCUAGGUGGAGAGACUAUAGUAAUACCAGACAGAGAGACUGAUGAUGAUAAAUUAGCCUCAGGUCUUCAAUCAGUGUGUGCAGAAUUGAUCCGUUGUUAAGAAGGUCUUUUUUUGGAGAGUGUGUGUGUGUGUAUGGGGCAAUUAUCGAGCUAGGAGAUUUAUCUUCUGGAGUUGUAUCGAUUUGCGCUGGUCGGUAGUGUGACAAAGGAAGAAAAAAACGAAAUAUAAUCUUCGCACAUUGACACUGAGAUCGUUAGAGAGCCGCUCCGAGAUGGUUGUGCAUUAUAAAACAAAAAUUCUACAUUGUAUUCAAAGGUUAUUAAUAGGCCUGUAGCCGGUUUGCAGAUGUUUAUGAUUAACAAAACUAGUCUCAAUCCAGUAUCCACAUAACCCACAUUUCAGGUAGCACCAUUUUUCACCCACUUAAGCUAAUUAUGUUUGUCACUUCUAAUCUGUUCUCUAGAGGAGCUUAAGAGCUUUUCUGCUAUUUACACAAACAUGACUAAUGGCGUGCAGUCGUUCCUUUCACAGCUAAACAGCUGGUUACUUUUGUAUUAGCCACAAAAAUAGAGGAUAUUAAAGGAUGUACUCUAAUGCACAAGUGCAUUGACUCGUAAAGUUUUGUUUGAGUGUCUACGCACACUGCACGUGAUGUCUUUUCCAGUUUCUAAUUUCUUUUCACUAACACAAAGGGAAUGACCUGCAAUGUGCUGCAGAUGAUGUUUAGAACAGUGGGAAUUAUCACUAUAUGGAUUAUAACAUGGCGACUUUUUCCUCGUCAUGCCCUCAUUUAUGCGACAAGGUCAAAGGUCACCUCUAGGUCACCUCUAGAAUCCAUUCGAAACGAAUUAUCCAUCUAACUUUGAUCCCUUUUGAUUAACUCAGACUUUUCCAUAUUGAAUCUCGAGAACUCAUCUGUGAGACUUACCUCUUUCCUAUCUGAGGAGAGAUGUCAUUGUUUUGAUUAUCACCAUCUACUGUGCUGGGGUGGAACUGACGUUCUCCUUAAUAUUUGAAAGCCUGCAUACAGUAUAUUAUGAAUUUUCAUCUUGAAGUUGUGCUAGAUGGAAUACAGUAUAUUUUAAUAGGAAUAGUAGGCCUAUAUACAUUUUACAAACAAAGGGACAUGUUAAAAUGACUAUGGGGUGAUAAACAUAAAGUUAGCUAAGUAGUUUUAGAGUGAUAUCACAUUCAACAAAUGACUAAACACACGUUAACGUUAAACACGUUAGUCGAGCCACGUUAAAAUUCGGAGAAUGGUCAAGUGAAUGUAGGUAGUCGGCUAGCUAUAGCUAUCGAACUGGUAAUGUUAGCUAGCUAGAGGUAAUUCGCUAGCUACCCACGUUGGUAUUCUGCGAAACUGUAUUAAAUCUACACAUACAGCAUAGAUACAGUAUAAUUAAGCAUGUAUUUUAUUUUAGAUCCAUUUCACAUGCUGUAGCUACGUGAACAGGCUAGUUAAAUGUUUCCACAAAUUGCUUUUCAUUCACAUGACUUCCUCAAACAAAAUGACAUCAUUUCCUGAAACUGGGGCGGAGGCAUGUCUCGCAGGAGAGAUACCCUGAGCGAGGAGAUUUAUGGCCAGAUGUUAUUCAUCAUUUUGAACAAUUUUAAGACAAUCUAGUGAUCAGAGUGUCCUCGCAGCACAAAGCCUGUUUUUUUAAUAACUUGUUUGUGCUUGCCCGUGCAAUCUAAUCCCCACUGAUGAGAAAUGGCAAGUGCUAACGAUCUGAUAUGUUUCGACAAGCUUUGCUCAUUACACAUUUGCAUAGUUAUGUAAAUUAAGCGCUUUCUCAAUUUGCAAGCAAGCCUAAUGCCAGCAUUUUUUUUCCUGCCUCCUGUGCUUGCUCCACAGAUGGUGCUAAUGUUUGACUUUUUUUUGCUUUAUUUUUAAAAAAUCUAAACAUGUGUUCAUAAUUCUUCGCCUCAAUCACAGGUUGCAUUAAAUUAUUUUAAUGAACUACCAGUACAGGUCUUUUAAAUUGUGCAUGGUAAAGUCUACCUGUUUAUACUGAUUAACUGGUGCUAAAAUUAGCAAGGACAAUGCAUAUGUAUGUAUUUGAAGAGAAUAUACAUUGUAAUAAAAUGUGGAUCAGGUACA